AUGAUUCGUAAAAACGCACGUCUCCGAAGAGAAUUCUUACAUAAAAAAUCACUUCAAAAAGAAGAACGUGAAAGAUUGGAUCGUAAAAUUCGUAUUCGUGAAGCCUUAGAAAAAGGUGUACCAAUUUCGGAAGAAGAUAUUAGAAAAGAAGCAGAAGAAAAUGAAUUUGGAAGUGAAGAUAAAAGUGGUGAUAAAAGUGGUGAUAAUGAUAAUCAAAUUUCUAAUUUAAUUGAUAAUGAAUAUGCAAAUGCAGGACAAGAAGAUCCUAAAAUAUUAUUAACAACAGCAUUAGAUCCAUCUGAUAGAUUGAAAAGAUUUGUUAAAGAAUUACGUUUCUUAUUUCCAAAUUGUCAACGUAUGAAUCGUGGUAGACAACAAACACAAGAAAUUGUUCAAGCAGCAACACAAAAUGGUUUUACAGAUUUAGUAAUGAUUCAUGAAAAUAAGGGUGAACCUGAUACAAUGAUUGUAACUCAUUUACCUCAUGGUCCAACUGCUUAUUUUACAAUGUUUAAUGUUGUAAUGAGACAUGAAGUUAUGAAUUUAAGAGAAGAGAAAAUGCCACAACAAUUUCCACAUUUAAUUUUCCAUAAUUUUAAAACUAAAUUAGGUGAAAGAGUUGCAACAAUUUUGAAAUAUUUAUUCCCAGUUCCAAAACAAGAAUCUAAUCGUAUUGUUACAUUUGCUAAUGAUAAUGAUUUUAUUUCUUUUAGACAUCAUGUAUAUAUGAGAAAUUCACCUGGUACAACACCUCCAAUACAAUUAAAAGAAGUUGGUCCUAGAUUUGAAUUACAAUUAUUCCAAAUUAGAUUGGGUACUGUUGCUGAUAAGGAUGCUGAAUUAGAAUGGGUAUUACGACCAUACAUGAAUACUGCUUCAAAGAGACAAGCUUUAGGUGUUAGUAAGAGUGAAUUAAAAGAAGAGGAAGGAAAUAAAUUAACAUCAAUAAAGUAA